GUCGAUCUAAAGGGUUGGGCUUUUUAUACAAAAUAAUUUUACUGUAAGAGUGUGAAAUUCUGUUUUGGGAAAUUGUUAUCCCAGUCGUAGUUUGGAGUUCAACGUGUUGCAUUUCAACGCGGAGCAUAGACGGCUGGAAGCUUGUGCGAAGAGUCCGUCUACCCGUCUGUUUUUCUGAGUAAAUCUUGGAUUAAAUUGACAUCAUGGCUCUGGAUCUGUGCGGACAGCUGUGCAAGGUUAUUCUCAUCAUCUUCAACAUCGUGUUCGCCCUGCUUGGCGCUGCCAUGCUGGGCCUUGGUCUGUGGCUGCGGUUUGGCGCCAACACGCAAGGCCUCUUCGACGUCAACUUCAACACACAGCAGUUUGUCAUUGGUGUGAUGGUGCUGAUCGUCCUGGGUGCAGUGAUACUGGUGGUGGCCGUGUUUGGAGACUACGGCGCCUGCAACGAGAGCAGAGGCGCCCUGACAGGGUUUGCCGUCUUUCUGUCCAUUGUAUGUGGGUUAGUGAUCGGAGCAGGAGUGAUCGCCUUCAUAAGGAGUGAUGAGGUGGGGGAGCAGAUGGCCAUGUUCUACACAACGGUGUAUGCAAAGUAUUUGAAUACGGGGGGUGACCCUAGCAUGAUGGUCACUCUGACCGUCAUGCAGAACUGGUUCCAGUGCUGUGGAUUGGUGGGAGCCCUGGACGUUCUGGUCAAAAAGACGUGCCCCGAACACAGCUUCACCGGAUUCUUCACGAUGCCUGCCUGUCCCCCAGCCAUCGUAGACCUGUUUAAGGACAAGGCUCCGUUGGUUUUGGGCCUGUUCCUGGGUACAGCUGCUCUGCUGCUCCUGGCUCUGGGGUGCAGCUCCCAACUCCGCAAGGAAAUCAAGCGCUCCCGAACCCCCUCUCCCUCCUACAUGAUCCUGUCUACCUCCACCAACCUCCCCUCCACUCCCCACCCAUACGAAGACCCUGUGGUCUUCCCCCCUCUGACACUGGCCACGUCUGCUGAUGUCUAGGUGUGCUGCUAAGCAGGCACUCACACUCUCUCUCUCCAGUAUGUCUGCUUUAUAUACCUGUCUUCCUGCUUGUCUCUUUCUCCAGUCUGAAUUAAAGGACUGGAGGUGAAACUGUGGGAAUAACGUGGUGGUGAUCUUUCAGUGCUUACUAGACUUUAGACUUUAUUGUCCCCAAGGGGGAAUACUAACUUGAUACAAAGGUAUCCUGGGCUUGGUGGAAUUGUCUCGGCUGCGUUCUGUAUCUGCACCUGCUACCCUCACGCCGUCUCUGGUCGUGUUUAUAGUGGCGUCCAUUUUUGUGACCUCUGUUUCCACCCUGCAUGAAGACCCUGACAUGAAAUGGGGCAUUAACCACUUCCUGGUCUCCUCCCACUCCUAAACCCUGUUCCUAACAUCCUUCCUUCGUACCGGCUCCUUUCCUAGGUCAUAGUGCUGGCAUGCAGUUCUAUCCUUGUGAAGGAUAUUAAAACGACAAAGCAGAAUAUGGUCUCAAUACUAUAAUUAUUGGUACCAAUAAUGAGCAUGGUAUAAAGUAAUUUUGACAAUGUAGUAUUUCUGGACUACUGUUCAUUGGACCCAGUUACUAAUGUAAUGCAGAUUGUGAUGCUGCUAUACAGGAAGCAUGCAUAUAAAAAGGGAUCCAAACAGGUACUGCAGUGUAUAAUAUAUUUUGGUAUAUUUCUUUGUUACAAGUGAACUGUUAUAGAUGGCCAUGAGUCUGCUUUUACCUUGUUUUGGAUGUUCAACAAAAGCACCUGUGUACCCUCCACUUGAAUAGCAGUCAAUUCAAGUCAAGCUAAUACUAGCUUACUUACAUUUUAAACAUCAUAAGUCCUCAAUAUUGAUAUGUAUGCUCUUCCAUACGCACGCCUAGUCUCACAUUACAGAACCCAAACCAAACCCAAGGGCCUCUGUUCCUGACAAUCUCUUUCCCUCAUUCCCAUAAUGACCACGGGCAAGCGCUGGGCCAGCGGCCUCGUAACUGAGAGUUUGACUAAAUAAACACUUCAUGUUAAGGGCCUCUGGAGCCCCAAGUGUGGCCCUCAGAACAGAAGCAGUGUCACACCAGGUAGGGGGCUUUAGUUGUUGACCUCCAUUAUCAUUUCCCCUCUGGCCGUGUUUGUUGGCCUGAGACUGUUCACUGCUGAUGAGAAAGAGGUCCUACUCUGAAAUGCACUGUUGUAGGUAUUUCUAUUGUAUGCAUUGUUCUACUGAGUCUGAUGCAUACUUUGUUAAAAUAAAUAUUGACUUUUUUCUUUUUCCUUA